GGCAGCACCGGCGGGGCGGGGCGGCUGCGCGGCCAUUCCCGGGGAUGUGCGCGGCUCCCUCGAGAGAUGAUUCGCCUUGGACUAUAAAGUGUUUCAGGUGGCAGAAAUGGCAGAUCCCAUCCGCUGGGCCCGAUACCGCUGGCAGCGACUGAUAUCAACAGAGGGCAGAGAAUGCAGCAGCAACAAUUCAAGUAGCAAGUACUAUCAGCCAUCAAAAACUACUGGCAAACAUAGGAUAGUGAUACCCUGUUUGGGACAUUUUAAAGAAGAGUAUGAAAAAGUAUCAAAACUGUACAUGAAUAACAAAAUACGGACUACUAGGUAUACUUUAUUGAAUUUUUUACCACGGAAUUUAUUUGAACAGUUUCACAGAGUUGCCAAUUUAUAUUUCCUCUUUCUGGUUGUCCUAAAUUGGGUUCCUCUAGUUGAAGCUUUCCAAAAAGAAAUUACAAUGCUACCUCUGAUAGGGGUUCUGACAAUUAUUGCAGUGAAGGAUGGUCUGGAAGAUUAUUCAAGGUACAAAAUGGAUAAACAGAUAAACAACUUAGUAACCAAAGUAUAUAGCAGGAAAGAGAAGAAAUACAUAGAUGAGUGCUGGAAAAAUGUCAAUGUUGGGGACUUUGUCCGGCUUUCACGCAAUGAAAUCAUUCCUGCUGACAUGGUGCUGUUAUAUUCUAGUGACCCAGAUGGGAUCUGUUACAUUGAAACUGCAGGCCUUGAUGGAGAAACCAAUCUAAAGCAGAGACAGGUGGUGAGAGGAUAUUCAGAGCAGGUCUCUGAAAUUGAUCCAGAAGAAUUUUCCAGUAGAAUAGAGUGUGAAAGUCCUAACAAUGACCUCAAUCGUUUCCGAGGCUUUCUUGAGCAUUCAAACAUGGAUCGAGUGGGUCUCAGCAAGGAAAACUUACUGCUCCGAGGAUGCACAGUAAGAAACACAGAAGCUGUGGUAGGCAUAGUGGUAUAUGCAGGUCAUGAAACCAAAGCUAUGCUGAAUAACAGCGGCCCUCACUACAAGCGCAGUAAAUUGGAAAGAAAAGUGAACACUGAUAUUGUUUGGUGUGUUCUGCUUCUACUUUUGAUGUGUUUAACUGGUGCAAUAGGUCAUGGAAUCUGGUUAAGUAGGUAUUCGGAAAUAUCUUUUUUUAACAUCCCCAGGCCAGAUGGGACAUCGAGUCCUCCAGCAUUAGCAGGCUUCUAUAUGUUCUGGACGAUGAUAAUUUUAUUACAGGUCUUGAUCCCUGUUUCUCUCUAUGUUUCAAUUGAAAUUGUCAAAUUGGGACAAAUUUAUUUAAUACAGAAUGACAUUGAUUUUUACCACGAGAAAACAGACUCAACUAUUCAGUGUCGAGCGCUAAAUAUUGCUGAAGACCUUGGCCAGAUUCAGUAUAUUUUCUCUGACAAGACUGGAACCCUCACUGAAAAUAAGAUGGUUUUUCGGAGAUGCAGCAUUGCAGGACAGGAGUAUUGCCAUGAGGAAAAUGCAAAGAGGUUGGAAUCCUAUCAAGAGAUGGAUUCAGAGGAUGAGGAUUCAGCUGAUUGUCAGUGUGGCUCUUCAACCCAUACAUCAAAAUGUCAGGGGCACAACUGCAGAGCUGUGUGUGAACCCUUGAACAGAAAGUCUCUGAACCAGUUGUCUGGUAGUUACUCUGCAUUCAAAAGGCAAGAUGAAGCAGGUGAUAUUCCCAACUCAGGACACAUGGCUUUCAGCAGUCCCAUUGAGACAGAUGUUGUACCAGACACACAGCUGCUGGAGAAGUUCAGUCAAAUUUCUUUUCAUUCCUAUCAACAAUCAGAAGAAGCUAGCAGCAAGUUAUCUUUGGAGACAACGUAUAUCACUGAUUUCUUUCUUGCUCUGGCAAUCUGUAAUACUGUUGUAGUGUCAGGCCCCAAUCAGACACGUCAGAAGAUGAGACUCUCUUCGCUGAGUAGGAUGCCUAUUAAAUCUCUUGAGGAAAUCAGGCAAAUGUUCCAGAGGUUUUCAGUCUGGAGACUAAGUUCUUCCCCCCUUCCAAGUGUAAAGGAAUCAUCAUCUGAAAGCCCCAAUAGUUUUGUGAGAAAACUGUCUAUUUUUAGAAUGAAACUGGCUUCACCUACUUUGGAUGGAGAUGCUCAGAGGAUUUCUGAACCUCACAAUACUGACAGCCCAGAAAAUUCUCAAGUGCCUGGAGAGCUACAUCUAGUGAAUGUUGCUGCUGGAGGUGAACCCAACCAUGCUGUGCCAUCCAUCGCAUUAUCUCCCAUACCAAAACUAUGUUAUGAAGCUGAGAGUCCAGAUGAAGCUGCCUUGGUUCAUGCUGCUAGGGCUUAUAAAUGUGUUUUACAGUCUAGGACUCCAGAUCAAGUAACUGUGGACUUUGCAGGUCUGGGCUCUUUAACAUUUCAGCUUUUGCAUAUCCUGCCUUUUGAUUCACUGCGGAAAAGGAUGUCAGUGGUGGUUCGGCAUCCAGUCUCCAACAAAGUGGUGGUGUACACAAAAGGUGCAGACUCAGUCAUGAUGGAUUUGUUGAGAAAUGCAUCUGAAGUACAUACUAAUAAUUCUGAAAUUGAAGAGAAGAUCAAAGAGAGAACUCAGCAGCAUUUGGAUGAUUAUGCCAGAAGAGGACUGCGCACUCUGUGUAUUGCUAAGAAGGUGAUGAGUGAUGCAGAAUAUGCAGAGUGGUUAAAUCAUCGUUUUUUAGCAGAAACCAGCAUUGACAAUAGGGAGGACCUGCUGCUUGAAUCUGCCAUGAGGCUUGAGACCAAACUAACUUUGCUUGGUGCCACUGGCAUUGAAGAUCGCCUGCAGGAGGGUGUUCCAGACACAAUAGAGGCAUUACGGAAAGCUGGAAUAAAAAUAUGGAUGUUGACAGGUGACAAGAGAGAGACAGCUGUUAACAUUGCCUGUGCUUGUAAACUGCUGGAACCAGAGGACAGAAUCUUCACUCUUAAAUCACAGACUAGGGAUGCCUGUGCCUUGGUAAUGAGCAAAAUUUUAGAAGACAUACAGAAGAAUGCUUCUGUCAAAAAAAACCACAGUGAGAAACUUGGAAAUAUCUCUGCAAGUCCCUCCACCCAACCUCAAGGGUUCAAUUCAGGCCUGGUUAUUGAUGGAAGGACUUUAGAACAUGUCCUUCAUGACAGCCUACAGAAUAUUUUCUUGGAACUCACAGAAAAAUGUCGGGCUGUAGUCUGUUGCCAAGCCACACCACUGCAGAAGAGUGUCCUGGUCAAACUGGUGCGAAGUAAGCUAAAGGCAAUGACAUUAGCUGUAGGUGAUGGUGCCAAUGAUGUCAGUAUGAUCCAGGUGGCUGACACUGGUGUGGGAAUAUCUGGCCAGGAAGGCAUGCAGGCUGUGAUGGCAAGUGACUUUGCAAUCUCUCAGUUUAGACACCUCAGGAAGCUGCUGCUUGUCCAUGGUCACUGGUGUUAUACCAGACUUACCAACAUGGUGCUUUACUUCUUCUACAAGAAUGUGACCUACGUGAAUCUCCUGUUUUGGUACCAGUUUUUCUGUGGGUUUUCAGGCACAUCAAUGACUGACUACUGGAUCUUGAUUCUUUUCAAUCUCCUUUUUACAUCGGUGCCACCCAUCAUUUAUGGUGUCUUGGACAAAGACGUAUCUCAAGAGAUACUCAUGGAACUUCCACAGCUUUACACAAUGAGCCAGAAAUCUGUGGCUUACUUGCCUUCAGCUUUCUGGAUAACCUUGCUGGAUGCUUUUUACCAAAGUCUCGUUUGCUUUUUUGUGCCUUACUUUACUUACUGUGGCUCAGACAUAGACAUUUUUUCUUUUGGAAACCCCAUAAACACGGCAGCACUCUUCAUAAUGCUGUUUCACCUUCUCAUUGAGUGCAAAUCUGUGACGUGGAUACAUACAGUAGUUAUAGUUGGCAGCAUCCUGUUUUACUUUGUGUUCACUCUGGCUAUUGGAGCAACCUGCAAAACCCACAGCCCACGACCAGAUUUUUACUGGACCAUGGAAAAGCACAUAGCAGACCCAGUAUUUUACUUAGUUUGCCUCCUGACUACUUGCAUUGCUCUGCUACCCAGAUAUUUGAUAAGAGUUCUCCAAGGAACACUGUUUCCAUCUCCGGUGUUGAGAGCCAAGUACCUUGUCAGACUGUCCCCCGAGGAGCAGAGCAAAGAAAUCAAGAGAUGGAAAGAUGAGUGCAAUGUGAAUUAUAGGGUGGAGCUCCAACCUACUUCUGUGCCUUCCAGCUCAGCUGCAGGUGCUGUAUCAGUGGAAAAAAGCACUGACAGUGUUUUGCUAGCAUCUAAAACACCUCUUCAGACCUGUUCAAGAGAUGGGUUAGUAAAGAACACCUCCUUCUUACCAGACAUUCAGGAUGAGUCUGGGAGUACAAGUGGCUUGAACUCUGAAAAGACUGAAUUUAUCAAAGGAAACUAACACAUUUACAUUUAGUGAUAAUAGUUCAUGUGCCAAAGACUCUAUGUGCUUAUAAAAAGGGCAGCAGCACUAUAUCUCUAGCACACAGAGCAGUUUUGAGUUCUGUUUUGUGUGAAGAAGAUGCUUUACUGUAUUUUACAAAGUUGGAAUGCUAACUGGUUAAAUGCAGGAGUAAUAACUGCUGAUUCAUGCCAUGCUGUGGUUUUGUUUUCUUCAGCCAAGGUAGAUGAUGAACACAUUUCCUUAAAAGCUUUUUUGUUUAUAAGACUUUCCCAUAAUUUAUUAAGAUGUUGAAGGUCUAAAUGUCUGGAUGAUUUUUUAUAUUUCUUCACAGAGUAGACUUUGCAUACUGCUUAUUUCUUGUAUGCAACAUUGCAUAACACCUCCUGGUGUUAUGGACAGUACAUUGCAUGAAUGUGGAUUUGCAGAAUCCAGUUCAGGUAAGUCAGCCUGCUCCCUUACACUGCUGCCCUAGAACCCUACCAUGCGCUGGGAUUCAUCAUUUGCUGAAGUAUGAAGUAAGCAACAGGGCUGGGAUGUGGUGUUACUGGUUGGCUUGUUUCAAGAUCUUUUAUUACAUGUUGUAGUGUAUGUAGACAGUAAUUUAUAUAACCACUGUGGUCCAGUUUGUUCACCAGGCUACUGUAUAGGCCAUCUCACUGCUGAACAAACACCAUUUUAAUCAUAAGAAAACCCAAAUGAGACACAUGUAACAUGUCUCCCUUGCCUUCUUCUUCACAUAAAGAGCAAAUCCUAAGUGCAGCCUUUUGUUUUCCAUGACAGUUCAUCCUCCUGGUGUAUCACUCCAUUUUGACUUCAUGUGCCAUUUCAUGUUGUCUGCCACCAAGAUGAACUGAUUUCCCACCUCACCCAAUUCAGAUGCUAACUGGCUGUCUUUUCUCUAAACUACCUCAUGCCUGUACUGCAAAAUUGUCUGCCAGCAGCAGUGAGGAGCUCCAGUCUGUCUUCAGGUCUUCCCUUACAAGUUGCAGCUUUUAGCUGGUAACAUCACUCUUCUUCACUCUCAGGUGCUUUUAAAUUCCUCCAGGCUUUUAUAAUAAUCAACUUAAGUGUCUGUAAAGGCUGCUCAGAAGAAGGCAUCAUGCAUUGCAUGUCUCACAUUUGACUGCUGUUGCUCAUCUGUUUCCAAGACAGAUGAGUCCUGCCCUCUGCCACUUCCCCACUGCUCACACGCCGUACAAAAAGUGGCUGAGGUGCAUGUGGCAACUUCUAGACUCCAGACUCUCUAAAAUAUUGCCUCCUUUUUACUUCCCUUCCCAAAAAGCUACAUGGACAAUUUAGAGAGGAGCUUAGGAAAUCUGUUUGUAUUCACUAGCACCUGUUGAAAUAAACACUUGCCUCAAACUGUAGCUGCUAAUGAAUUAUUAGUGCUGAGCCCGUUUUUUGGUUCUGUUACUUUCUUAAAGCUUCUGCUUUCAAAUUGCCAAGAUUUGUGUGUUUAUUUUCAGGCACCAUGUUUUGGACAAGGCCUCUGCUUUCUAAUUGAACCAUGAGCUUUUCAUAUCAAUGAUCAACAUUACAUAUUCCACAUCUUUUAAGAUCUCUGAAAGAAUUUAAACAAACUCUGUGAGGUCUGGACAGCUGCUGCUAUACAGGGCAGAUAUUGAGGGCAUGCUGAGUUCAUUCAAAUGCCAGUCACCACAUGUUACCAAAUGUUUAAAACAGUUCUGUGUUCAAAAGGUAGAAUGUAAUUAGGGCUGACUCUAUUCCUAGUGCUAGUGAGGAGAGAAAAAGAAAAUCUACUUUUUGUUUAGCCUGUAGAAGAAAACCUAGUGGAAGGAGAAAGUGAUGACAGCCAUUUCUGAAUUUUACUUUUUUUUUAGUUCAGUUCAACAUAUGACAAAAUGUUUUUGGUAUGUUCUAACAUAAAGUUAGUGGAGGCCUUUGAAGUGAUUGCAGACAUUCAAAUUGCAAGAGAUCAUGUUGGUUUGAGUUACUUUUUCAGAGAUUUAUCUGAAACAUCCUUCUUGCUGUGCUGGGGUGGGGCACCUUGCAAUGAAUGUAUUCCAGGUUUCCCAAGUGAAACAUCUCAGCUUACUGGACAAGAAAUGGGAGCUGCAAGGUUUCAAAACAGUCAGCAGGUUGUGCAGGGAGACAGGCUGGUACUGGGGCAGAAUCAUACAGGAAGAGAGUUCCUGGGAUGAAGUGAAAUCAUCUACUCUGCUCCACAGCCCCAAGGCAGGCUCAGCUCCACCUUGUCCUUCCUAGUGGAUGUUAUCCUGCUGUAAAGAGCUACAGAGAAACAGGCAGUACUUUCCUGCCCUUAAAGUCAAAUAUUGGUUUUGGUUACAUUAUCUGACUUGAAUGUUUCUACUGCACUUUAAAUCCACGGCCUCUCUGCACUUGUAGCCACUGAGAGGAGAUUGGUCCAUGCUUUACAAGUCUCUAACUCUAUGACUGAGGUAUGUUGAACUUUGAUGGAGGAGCUCCAGCACUUCCAAUGACCUGAGGGAGUGCAAGCCUCAGCUCUGUCCCCUCUGUCUCUGUUAAAAAGAGUCUGGGGACAACACCAGCCUGUGACCUGCCCUCUUGUUGCCUCUGUUGCAGAAGCAGAACCUACCAGCAGAUUUGACAGGUAGAUGAUCAUUUAGUGUCAGGAGUUUGCAUUUUUUUCCAUACAAAAGGUGCACGUAUUCAGAGUAAGAUCUUCCAAAGCCUUCUGACUAAGCCAUGGCAUCAAAAUAACUACAUGAAGAAACAUGAAUGGGAGUCAUCUGUAGGACCCUGAGACCAUGAUGCCUCUGGGACUUUUAAAUUGCUAUUAUGUGACUCUUUACAAGUCUCAGCACGCCAUUACUAACAGCUUAGUGCAGUGAGGCUUUCAGGACACUGUUCCUCUCUGCUGAGAUUGUAAGUGCUUUUGUACCACAUGAAAUAGUGAAAAAUAACAUGUAUGUGUGUGUGUGUGUUACAUAUUGGUAGUCCGUAUUACUUAAAACUCCUCUGCAGUCUGUGUUUUAUUAGAGGAUUUCAACAAGUAGUCUGGGUCAUAACAUAAUUAUCUGUUGGGUAAAACUUGUUUUGGGGGUUAGUUUUUUGGUUUUUUUUUUUUGCUUGAUUGUUAGUCUUUUUGGUUUUGAGGUUGGGUUUGUUGGGGUUUUUUUUUUGUGGUGAACAAACAGCAGAAAUAGCUGAAGGCAUUUGCUGUGAUUACUUACUGUCUUUUACUGAAGAGGAAAUGAGGGUCGUGAGUCUUCAAUGAAAGCUUUAAAAUAUUAAUUGGCCAUAACUAAAGUAGUGCCAAAUGAAGGGUGGAAACUCCCUGUGCUUUCCAGAACUUCAAUGUUCCCUUUAUUAUUUUUUUUAGCACUGAAAACGUCAUAGUCACCUGCUUGCUUCUGCACUUAGGCACAGCAUGAUCUGACUUUUCCAUUUUGAAAAUAAGCUUUUUAAGAGCAUCUCACAGGCCCCUUCCACAUGUCAUGAAAGGAAGCACAGCAUUUACACUUCUUUGAUUUUAAAACAAACCAAAACAACCACCUUCAGCUGCCCCAGACUUUGCAGCUACAUCUAUAACAGUCUUAACUCUGAUUUUGAUGUUCAGUGUUUGAUUUACAGAAGAAAGGACAUGUUUUAAAUUUUUUGCUUUCACAGCAACCACACCUGUGCUAAACAUUUGCAGGUGGCAGUCAGCCACAGCCUUUGCUGAGUAUUUUGGCAGCACAGUGAGCUUUGGUGUGUACCUGGGGCACAGUUUGAGCUGAUGUUUAGCCCAAGCUGUUUUUUCCACAGCCCCACUGGCCGCAGCACAAGGCUGAGGACUGCCUGAGGACCAGCUAAAGCAGAGAACCCACUGCUCCCACUGGCCCUGGCUCUUGGCCAAGGCUAAUGGGCAACUUUUUAUUAUUUGUUCCUGUUUUAUUCUGAUUAUGCUACUUUGCCCUCAUGCUCCUGGCUUCCUUAUUGCAGUGGAAAGGUAAAUUUUAGCUGUUUUAAGCUUCUGUCAGCUUAUUAUUUUGAUUUCAGCAUGUGUACAUGUUGUUAAAACUCUGUGUACAACUUAUAAGAGAUUUUUUUAUUUAAAACUAAUUGCAUUCCAGAGCAAAAUUGUAGAACAAAAUGUGUUCAGAUUGCAGAUUUGAUUGCAGCUUUAGUUUUUCAGAUUUCUAAGCUCAGAGUAGUUGAUGGCAGCAGUAUUCAUAGUAGUAUUCUGUAUUGGAAGCAUACACACAGAAAAAACUAAAAGUUGUACAGUAGUAGUAGUGCCAGAAUCUCCACAAGUAUUGCAGUACUAACAGGG